UUUUAUUUCCGUUUUUACUUCUCCAUCUUUCUCUUAGUGCAGGUCAUGUAGCACCGAGUGCCCAUGACCACAAUGGAUGGUUUUAUUCCAGGUGUCUUAGAGUUCCAGAGGGCUAUUACUGAUCUGAGUUAGCCAUGUUAAUUGUAGGUGAAAGCAUGACUCCUACCAGUCCAUGACUGAGCAGUGUCCUGACCUGAUCUCAAGUCUAAUCUUCAGAGUAUCAUAGAAUCCUAGGGCUGGAAGAGACCUCAGGAGUUCAUUAAGUCCAGCCCCCAAGACCAGAGACUUUAUCCAAAAAAACCCAGCUGGAAGUGACCAGUGAUGACUUAAAUCAUCUUGAGGUCAGUUUUCAAUUAUUAAUUAUUUAUAUUAGAUCUAGUUAUGUAGAAAUCUGCUCCAAGGCUCUGCGUUUAUCCCAUGAGUAAGAGCUGAAGGAUUAAGUCCUCAACCUUGUGCUUGAGAAUCCAAAACACAAUGGGUGGAAAUUUUUUGAAUAGCAGCUUGAUUUAAUUCUCCUGUGUUAUUUAAUUCAGAUUCAUAUGGUGGUAAAGCUGCCUUACCUUAGCUGUUGAGAAGUGCUGAAUCCAUGACGGAUGAUUAGAGACAGGGAAUAGUAUCAUGGAGAAUUCAUCAAAAGAAAAUGCUCAAUUGUUCUCGAAAACCAUAAUCCUUCCAAUAGAUGGGUCUUCAGCUAAAUCUGAAUCUUUCGCAUCCAAGGAGAAACAAACAUGCCGUGGAGGUAUAAAGAUAUUUCUUGGCGCAUUAUCCUUUGUUUACUUCGCUAAAGCACUGUCAGGAAGUUAUUUAAAAAGUACCAUCACCCAGAUAGAAAGAAGAUUCGAUAUCCCUUCUUCUUUGGUUGGUGUUAUUGAUGGCAGCUUUGAAAUUGGUAAUCUCCUAAUCAUAAUUCUUGUAAGCUACUUUGGAGCAAAACUUCAUAGGCCAAAGAUAAUUGGAGUUGGUUGCCUAAUAAUGUCAGCUGGAACAUUUUUGAUUGCGAUGCCCCAAUUCUUUAUGGGACGAUAUAGGUAUGAAAUAUUUUCUUCCUCUACCAACUCCACUGUCAGCAACUCCCCAUGUCUACAGGAUAAAAGUCAAAUACCACUCUCAGUCUUAGAAAGACCUCAAGCCAAAGUAAAUGCAGGAUGUGAAAAAGAAGUUGGAUCGUCCAUGUGGAUCUAUGUUUUGCUCGGAAAUCUUUUGCGUGGGAUAGGGGAGACACCUAUUCAACCUUUGGGAAUUACAUAUAUUGAUGAUUAUGCCAGUGAAGAGAGUGCUGCUUUCUAUAUUGGUUGUGUGCAGACAGCUGCCAUUAUAGGCCCAAUAUUUGGAUUUCUUUUAGGAUCCCUCUGUGCCAAACUAUAUGUUGACUUGGGCUUUGUAGACUUGGACAGUGUAACAAUAACUCACAAUGAUGCCCGAUGGGUAGGAGCUUGGUGGCUUGGUUAUUUAAUAGCAGGUGUGUUAAGUGUUCUGGCUGCCCUCCCAUUCUGGUUCUUACCAAAGCACCUGCCAAGACCAGAAAGCAGAAAGGAUUCCAGUACCUCCUCUGAGCAGUCAAAGUUCAUUAUUGAAGAUAACAGGGAGCAUCACAGACCAUAUGAACAGCAAGUAAAGAUCAUUGAAAUGGCUAAAGAUUUCCUGCCAUCAGUGAAGAACCUCUUUGGAAAUCCAGUUUACUUUCUAUAUUUGUGUGCAAGCAUCAUUCAGUUCAAUUCUUUAAUUGGCAUGGUAACAUAUAAACCAAAAUAUAUUGAGCAACAGUAUGGGCAAUCUCCUUCAAAAACGAAUUUUGUGAUAGGACUUAUCAACGUUCCUGCUGUGGCCUUUGGGAUAUUCUCAGGAGGACUGAUCAUGAAAAAAUUCAGGAUUAAUGUUGUGGGGGCAGCAAAGCUGUCCUUAGGAUCAUCGUUCUUUGGUUAUCUCUUGCUACUUUCAUUAUUUGCACUGGGCUGUGAAAACUCAGAUGUGGCAGGACUGACUGUGUCUUAUCAAGGAACCAAACAGAUCUCUAGCUUUGAGCAAGCCCUCUUUUCUGAGUGCAAUGCAGGAUGCGUAUGUUCAAAAAACGAAUGGGAUCCUAUAUGUGGGGAAAAUGGAAUCACCUAUGUAUCGGCUUGCCUUGCUGGUUGUAAAACAUCCAAUGGAAGCGGGAAAAUCACUGAGUUUUAUAACUGCAGCUGUGUGGGAAUUACAGCAUCUCCAUCAAGAAGCUCAUCAGCAGUGAUGGGAACAUGUCAAAAAGGAAAUGAAUGUCCAAAAAUGUUUCUGUAUUUUCUGGUAAUAUCAGUCAUCACUUCCUAUACAUUGUCAAUAGGCGGUACACCUGGAUACAUAUUACUUCUAAGAUGCAUUAAACCACAACUCAAAUCUUUUGCACUCGGUGUUUAUACCUUGGCAAUACGAGUUCUUGCAGGAGUCCCAGCCCCCGUGUAUUUUGGAGUAUCCAUAGAUACAACUUGCCUGAAAUGGGGAAGCAAAAGUUGUGGGGGAAGAGGAGCAUGUAGACUAUAUGAUUCUAAUGCAUUUAGAUACAUAUAUUUGGGAUUAACAGUGGUAUUGGGCUCCAUCUCCAUUUUCUUGAGUAUUGCGGUCCUUUUCGUCUUAAAGAAAAGGUAUGUUCCACAAGAUGAAAACAUCGCAGCCAACGGAGGGAGAGGAAAGGUCUCAGUACAAAACAGGAAAGAUAAUUGUGUCAAUAGUGACUAUUUAAUUCAGACAACGUACUGGCCAGAAAAGGAAACUCGACUUUAGGAAAAUGGAUAUUUUUUAAGGGAGAUUUUUGACUAGCAGGAGGAGUUCCAUACAGAAUUCUACUUAAACAUGUUUGAGUGGGUGAGUGUUAUUGAGCAACUAUUUUGAAAAUGUUCCCCUUUAUCAAAGUUUGAUCGUAAAUACCAAAAAUCUUCCUAGAAUGAGUAUAGGUCUGAAAAUAUGGUUCUACGCUUGCCUUAAAAAUAUAAGGUGAAAAUCACUCCCCUUCACAAAAAUCCAGGUAUUGGACUCUUUGCAGGGAAUUAAGUGAGGGUUCUGAAAGGGCAGUUUGUUUCUUAUCCUGAAGGCAAGCCGUGUGGCUGCCCCACAGAUUCCCCUCAGCAGUUCUUGCUACCCCUUUUGUAUCUCCCUUGCGUGAGAGGUAAAGAGUGGCCUGGAACUUAUGACCCAAUGCUAGUGAUCUCUUCCAUAUUGACCUCUAAGGAAUGAGUGUAGAAAUACCCUUGAUGGAACACAAGAGACAUAGAAUCCCCUACCAUGGAUGCUUCCCCAUAAAUGAAACAGGUAGUGCAUUGGGCUUUCUGUGAGAUUCUCUACACCAAGGUAAAUCCAUCCAUGAUGUUUCACAGCUAAGUGUUGUGAUUAGGAAUUCCUUCUCAAAUUUACUCACAUAAGCUCUGUCAAAUCAUGACCUCAAUAACAAAGAAGCUGUCACUAGUAAAACCACGACUUUGCCAAAGGAAAUCUGAAUUAAAGACAUAGCUAUUCUAUGUUUUACAUGGUUUCUUGCUGCUUGCUUACACUCAAUGACUGUAUAAUUCCAUACCUUUUUUUAUACAAUGUAAUAAACAAACUGAUUUAACAUAUGCCUGAUUAAAAAACAAUGGCAAGACUCUUUGGGAAUAAUAAAAUGAAUCCUGAGAGCAACUGUCUUUGUUUGUUUCCUUUUAUUUAUGCAUUUUAAUUUAUUUAAUUCCUUAGGGCAGAAAUGUGUCAAACCAUCUACAUUGAUUUUUUUUUCAUGGUUUUGGUUAUAUUUGUACUUUGAUGUGUUUGUGAAUAAGUUGAACUGAAUUAAUGUCUGCAUUAAGCAUGCACCAUGUAUACUGUAGCGUUUACUGAAAAUAUCACCCCAGCCAAAAUUCUUAAAGGAAUAAAUGAUUUUUGACCAAUAUUCUUCAGCUCUGGGUCAUAUUAUUUGAAACAUAAUCUCACAUCAGAUGACUGUAAAUCACAUGGG